UGCAGCAAAAAAAGAAAACAAUGAGCAGGACAGAAGGUGUACAUCUUCCAAGGCUACCUACAUCACAUGCAAGAGCCAUGAGCAGUGAAGCUAUACAGCCACGCACCACUACCAGUAGACACGGACCAAUAGUUGAGCCAAACUACACUGCUUAUGUUGGUACACCAAGACAGGACGUCCCAAGACAAAUAUACGAAGAUGCUGCCAUGUUUGACGAUGUCUUUGACAGACAAGGACGCUUGUUUAUUGGAAGGAACACACCAAAAGUUAUUAAUCCACUCAACUCAUUACAAUACAACAGCUUGCAUGAUCCUCACUGCAAGAAGCUGUUCCUUAAUAAUCAAUCAUUGAGAGAACAUCUGAUACAGCUUGGACUAUUGACUGAUGAUCUGAGGGUUAUAUCAACCACCAAAGAGCAGAGACAGAAAAUAAAAGCACACGAACUCCUGGAAAGAAAAGAACAAUUGAUACAAAAAUUAGACGAAAAAGAAAGAUUAAGGAUAGAAAAACUCAAGAGCUGUCAGCCUGUCAAGUUGCCACAGCGUUAUCAAAGGAAUAUAGAGAAAGCAGAAGAGAAAAGAGCUGCUUGGGAUAAGAUACAAAGCAAGAAAAUUGAAAGAAAGUUACAAGAGGAAGAAGUUGCAAGGAAAAGGGAAGCUGAGAAGAAGAAAGAAAGGAAAGAGAAACUUAGAAAACUCUUGGAACAGAUACAAUUAGAGGAACAGGAGCGGAUCAAUGCAGCACAUCUGCAACAACAGGAGAAAGAAAAACUUGUUUAUGAAAAGAAAUAUGGAAAAACUGCAAGCUGGCAUAGAGCUUCAGAUAUCAUUCAUAAUAGAAUGGUUCUUUUAUCAAGAACAAAGUGGGCAGAACAGAGUCGUAAGAAGCAGAAAAAAAUAUCAAUAAUCUCGCCUGUUGAAACCCCUUCAUUACCACCAUCUCAACCAGUUACACCACUUCAAAGGAUUGAAGAAAAGGAAGAAAAGAUCAGUGCACCAAAUGAACAAGAAAUUAUAGACCAAAGGAUUGAAGAGGAAGAAAAAGAAGAGGGAAAGAGUGAUGAUGAUGAAACUAAAGAAGAAGCAGUGUCAAAUGCAGCAGUAGAGCAGCCAGAGGAUAAACCAUCAGAUAGUGAAGACAAAGAUAUGCCAUUACCAGCUCCAAUUGCAAUCACAGCUUCACCUGCACAAGCCGAGGUGAAGCCAAGCCCAAAACCGGCUGUCGUCACGAAAGCAAAAAAAGAACCAAAACAAAUUUCAUCAGAGCAAAAUCUACAGUCCCAUCCUCUCCAUUCAGCACUAGUACUAUUCUUUAAAGAAUUAUUAGUAAUGGGAAAUUAUGGACAUGGUUACAUAUCAUUUGAUGACAUGCAUCAAAUCCUGUCGUCAAAUGAUCUUGACUUACCAUUUGAUCAUGAAGAACUCAUGGUAUUAGCUGGCAAUGUGUAUGGGUUGGCAUCAACAGCUAAUGCUGGAAUUGGCAUGAUUAAUAUUGACAAGGCAGCUCAAGUAUUACCUGCACAAGUUGUAACUUUAUUAAACGAAAGAAUACAGUUACAGUUGAAUGAAUAUGGCAUAAUGGUGGAAGAACAGUGGCUGCAAUUUUCACUCAAUGCAGGUGGAUACUUAUACUUGAAUAAAAUGACAGGAGAUCUUCAAACUGAGAGACCAUUGGAGUAUCGACCAUUCUUAAGAGAUAAUCCAUUUGAGGACACCAUUAGUGGAUUAUUCUUAACUGCUGAUGGUAAUCGUGAUGGAUACAUUGAUGAAACAGAUUUUCAAAUGUUUAUUAAUUCUCCCUACAUAAAUGAGCGCAUAUAUACUGAACAAAUUGAGGAGAUAUACUAUUAUUAUUAUGAUCUUGCUACCGAAGGACCACUGAGCUUGGAGCAGUUUGUUCCCCUUGCCAAUUUUAUACUGCAAAUGAUAUAUGCCCUAAGCUACCCCAAUCAAGAAUGGGUUGAAGUCAGUUCGAAAAAAGGAGAUUUUCUUUAUAAUCCAACAACUGGUCAAAUAAGGACACCCUCUGCAGGACAAGCAAAUAAACCGCCACCUUUGAGAAGACGAAAAAGCAGCAAAGAUGUGCCACAAAAUGAAGAAAGGAGUAGCUCAUCUGCUGAGAGUCGUACCAGGAAAUUGGUAGAAGAAGCUGCAGAAAAGUUGCAGGCAGAGCUCAGAAUUGACACCAUACCAGAGGAAGAGGAGGACGAAAGAGGAGAAGCUGGAGAAAGUCCUGUGUAACAGUUCAUAGCAUAGUUCCUUUAUUGUAUAGUUCAUGUAAUCUUGAUACUAUAUAUUAACCAUUUUAAACUUUAAAUGACAAUUUUUAUAACUAAA